AUGCAAGGGAGGCAGGGGAUUGUGGAAUGGUGGAUGGAAAAAGACAAGAAAAAGAUGAAAGAAGAUGAAAGCCGAGAUAAAAUGUCUUGGGUCUUGAAAACCAUCGCCCAGGUUGCCGCUGGUAUCGCUAUCAGUCAAGAAAGACUCACUGAAGCGACGAUCGGGGCUACGCAAGAAGUGGCUGUCCAGUAUCUCAUAGAACUCCACAGGGGCAUCGGCCAAAGAGUCGGCACUGAACAGGAACCUAGGCAUGCGGUCAAACUCGUCCUGCUCGUCGGCAUCCGCACCAUCCUCGUCGCCCAAGAGUCAGAGAAAGAAUACAUUAGGAAGAAGCCAGCGACGCCAGUAGGUGAGUGA